AUGCCAUGGCCAAUAGUUGCAGUGGCGUGUGGUAGUGGUAUACUCAUAGGCAGAUACCUGUAUCGCAGACUACCCGCUCACUGGCAAGUGUUCUCUUCUAAGGGCGGCCAACUGAAGGCCAGUGGGAUAAUGGGAGGUCGUCUAGGACGAAUGAGCCUAAACGGCUUUGAACACAAGAUGACGCUCUCUGAGGCCUGCAAUAUUCUCAACGUAUCGGCAACUGCGCCAAAGGAAAAAAUUAGGGAAAACUAUAAACAACUUAUGAUGCGAAACCACCCAGAUAAUGGCGGAUCGACGUAUCUUGCAUCAAAAGUCAAUGAAGCGAAGGACUAUUUGCUUAAAUAG